UUCAUUCAGUUUAGUGAAUAUUAAAAAAAUGGAAUAUUUAUCACGUGGAUUUAAAUCAGUUCUUGGUAAAGUUGAAAACGAAGGUCCAUCUGGAGCUGAAACUGUUGAUAGGCUUGUAGAUCGCAUAUCUUCAGCAACAUUAUUAGAUGACAGACGAGAUGCUGUGCGUGCCAUUAAAUCACUUUCAAAAAAAUUUCGUGUAGAAGUUGGUACAAGCGCUAUGAAUGUGUUAAUAAAAGUUCUCCAUAAUGACAGAACUGAUUCAGAAAUAUGUGGGUUAGCUUUAGAGGCUCUUGUUACCAUUAUGUCCAAUGAUGUCGAUGAGCAAAGUGAAGUGCUCAAUAACGACCUACCUGUGCAGUUUACAGAGAUUUUUCUUAAAGAUUCUGAUAAUGUUACUUGUUUGCUUGGUUUGCUUGAGGAGUAUGAGUUUCGUAUACGAUGGGCUACUGUUCGUCUUCUAAUAGCUCUUUUGAACAACCGAACUAUUCAGAUACAGCAAUGUGUCUUGGUUAGUCCGCUUGGUGUGUCCAGGUUAAUGGAUCUUUUAUCUGACAGUAGAGAAGUUAUAAGAAAUGAUGGACUCACUUUGUUGAUUUUACUUACAAAAGGAAAUGCAGCAAUUCAGAAAAUUGUUGCAUUUGAAAAUGCUUUUGAUAGGCUACUUGAAGUGAUCAGUGAUGAAGGAUACAGCAAUGGAGGUGUAAUUACUGAAGAUUGUCUUAUUUUGAUGUCGAACCUUUUUAAUGCUUCAAAUAUAAAUUUUUUCAGAGAAGGAAGCUAUAUUCCAAGAUUGGUGCCUUUUUUUGACUUCUCUGAUUAUACUGAAGAAGGAAGAACUUGGAGUGAGCUUAAAAUGAAAAAUGUUUUACUGAUGUUACAGUUAAUUCGCACAUUAGUAUCCCCAAACAACCCUCCUCAAUCAACACAAAGCUCACAAAAAGUGAUUUAUCAUUGCAAUUUGUUAAAAAUAUUAUGUGACCUUUUAAUGAAAACUGGUAUUCCUGCAGAAAUACUUACAGAGACCGUUAAUACUGUGGCGGAGAUUAUUCGGGGAAAUCAAACUAAUCAGGCUUUUUUUUCAGUUGUCGAUGCUCCUUACACGCCUCCAAAACCUGCUAUUGUUGUUUUAUUGAUGUCAAUGAUAAGUGACAAGCAACCAUUUUCUCUUCGAUGUGCAGUCCUUUAUUGUUUUCAAUGUUAUCUGUACAAGAAUCCAACUGGGCAGUCCAGAGUGAUAUCGACUUUACUUCCUUCUGGUGUUGCAGAAGCUAAUCAUAUCACAGCAGGUCAACUUUUGUGUGGUGGUUUAUUCAGUAAUGAUAGUUUCUCGAAUUGGUGUGCAGCUAUGGCUCUGUCUCAUGCACUUUUUAGAAACAAAGAUCUUAAAGAACAACUUCUUCGUGUUCAAUUAGCUACAGGAGUAGGUUAUCAACCAGUCUCCCUUCUUCAACAAUGUUCAAAUAUACUUUUAAAUGGAGGAUCAAGUUCACAAACACGCAUUGCAAUAUUGUCUUUGCUAUGUAGUUGGUUGACAAACUGUCCAAUUGCAGUUGCUCAUUUUCUUAGUAAUUCAGCUAUAAUUCCUUUUUUAUUUUCUUGCAUUGAACAACCAUGUGAAAUGCAUGAAUCUGUUAUCCAAGGAUUGUCUGCUGUAUUGGUUGGUGUUUGCAUUAUAUACAAUGAUGGCAACAAUGAAAAAUUUACGAGUGAUUCAAUAAAAAGACUGAUAACUACUCGACUUGAUCCUGAACAUUUUUUAACCAAAAUUAAUGAUGUUUCAAAAUCAGAACUUUUUACAACUGCUGCUAAGCAUACUCAAAUUCAAGAAGUAAAAUCAGAUAGAGUACUAUUCGACCAUGAGUUCACAAAACAGUUUAAAAAAUUAGAAGUGAGUAUUUCAAAAUCUAUAUCUGAAGAUGAUGAUGCAGAUGAUAAAUUUAAAACAUCUCAGACAAAUGAAAGUGUUGUGAUGUCAUACAAAGUUUUAAUUAGAGAGCAGGAUGUGGAAUUAGGAAAACUAAGAACACAAUGCAAAGAACUGCAAGAAAAUUUUAAUGAUGCACAGCGUCAACUUGAACGGCAAGCAAUAGAACUUGUUCAAAUAAGAAAUCAAGUAGCUAUUAUGAAAGAGUAUGAUCCUGAUAGUCAAAAAGAUACAGUUCAUUCUUUGCAAAAUCAAAUUCAGGAAAAAGAAGAGCUAAUUAAAAAGCUACAACAAGAAUUGACACACUAUUCUGCUCAUUCAUUGCCAGCCAAUGUUGCUGCUCCUCUUCAUAAUGGUCAUGUUGAAUCUGAAUCUGAAGAUCUAUCCAUUAAAGUCAGUUUAUUAGAAGCAGAAAAUUCAAAUCUAAAACAACAAAUGGAAAAAUUACAACUAUCACUCUCUAUUAUGCAAGCAUCAUUAGAGGCAAUAACCACAAACAAGCAAGCUGCUGAGGAAAACUCAGUUACAUUGCUAAAUAAACAAAUUGCAAGUCUUGUUGAGGAAAAUAAUCUUUUGAAGACAGAAUGCGCAAGGAAGGAAACCACUCCGAAUAAUAAUGAAAUCCAAGAUCUGCGAUUAAAACUUGAAGCUAAAACCUCUGAUUACGCGCAGCAAAGGCAAGACUACGAAGAUUUAUUGGUGUUACUUGAAGAUCAGGAUGCAAAGAUUAAAAAGUACAAGAUACGUUUACGCGAGCUUGGCGAUACAACGGCAGGUGAUUCAUCAGACGACGAUGAUGACGAAACUAUUGAUAGUGGUAUUAAUAUGCUAAUGCCUGACUCCACUAAGAAUCAUAAAUCUCUUAACGUUGAUCUUUCUGAUGAGGAAUAAAGUAUAUCAUUGUUUUAGUUUUAACUAGUAUAUUUUCGAUGACGACAUUAUGUACGUCAUCAAGCUUUCGCGUACCUCAUUUUACUUAUGAAUGGCGACUAUUAUGCUAUUGUUAUCAACAUUAGUUGAUGCUAUCAUAUACAUCAGUAUGUUGUUUGUAUGUUAUCAUGUUUAUAUUUUAGUUUAUAUUAUCUAAUGAAUCAAA